CGGGUGGCGAGAAGAUGGUGAUCAUCAAGGAGUAUCGUGUGGUGUUGCCAUGCUCGGUAGAAGAGUACCAAGUGGGCCAACUUUUCUCGGUGGCUGAGGCCAGCAAAAACGAGACCGGUGGCGGCGAGGGCAUCGAAGUGCUGAAAAAUGAACCGUACGAAAAAGAGGGGGAGAAAGGACAAUACACGCAUAAGAUCUACCAUCUAAAGAGUAAAGUGCCUGGUUUUGUGAAGAUGAUUGCACCAGAGGGGGCUCUAGUAUUCCAUGAAAAAGCCUGGAACGCCUACCCAUACUGCCGUACUAUUGUGACGAAUGAAUACAUGAAAGAUGACUUUAUGAUCAAAAUUGAGACAUGGCACAAACCGGAUAUGGGCUUCACAGAAAACGUGCACACAUUAGACCCAGAGACGUGGAAGACAGUUGAGGUGGUGCACAUCGACAUAGCAGAUAAAUCCCAAGUAGAACCUGGAGACUAUAAACCGGGCGAAGACCCUGCACUCUUUCACUCGGAGAAGACAGGCCGAGGUCCACUCGGCCCAAACUGGAAGGCAGAGCUCAGUGCAAAAACAGAUGCUCCACGAAUGUGUGCGUACAAACUCGUCACCGUGAAGUUCAAGUGGUGGGGCCUUCAAAGCAAAAUAGAGCAAUUUAUCCACAAACAAGAGAAAAGGAUCUUCACCAACUUCCACCGGCAGCUCUUCUGCUGGAUCGACAGGUGGGUGGAGCUCACCAUGGAGGACAUCCGGCGAAUGGAGGACGAGACACAGAAGGAGCUAGAGGAGAUGCGUCAUAAAGGCAAAGUAAGAGGCACCACAGCGGCUGAAGAUUAGGGGUUGGCCAUCUGAUAGGCAUGCAGGUGGAAUGAGAUCUCUUCGUAAAACCGGUCAGGUACGAGGCACCAGUGCUGCACAUGAACAGUGAGACAAAACUAAAGAAUCCUACUGCAAUUUGCUGAUGAAGGAAUGACGAUGCGACACACAAGCAGAGAUGGCCUAUGGUGGGUUCGAGUCCUCCACCGGAACGAUGAGAACAUCCUAAACGAUCAGUAGUACUGUAGCCACCUCAGCAUCUUACUCAGCACACCAAACAGCCUCACGCUGACAGACUCUCUCACCUAUAUCUACUUGCCUAUAAUAACUUCCUUGGAGAACGGUCGACCCUGUGCUUUAGAAUUGGAAAUUGAAUUAUUUUUAGAAAUAAGGUUUCGUGAUAUUCAUUUAAACUCAGUGACAAGCAUUGGACCAAUUUUAACUGUCUGAUUAUUAAAAUAUCCAAAUGCUAACUGUAGCUCUUGAGGGGUUUUUUGUUUGUUUUAUUUUCUUUUGUUUUGCGCCAUGCUGUCUCGCCAUUUCAACAGUUGUAUGUUUUUUUUUUUUUUUUUUUGCCCCGCUCAGAUUAAGCACCUAUGUCAAUAGAACUGAGGGGUGUGUGUGUGUGUGUGUGUGUGUGUGUGUGUGUGUGUGUUUAUUAUUAUUAUUAUUAUUAUUAUUAUUAAUAGUCAUGAUUAUGCUUUGCCUGGUAUUUAGUGGAUUAUAAUAGCUUUUUCUUGUUUUGUUCUAGAAAAUAUUAUGCUGUUGCAUGAAGGGAGAAAUCUGCAGUUAGAAAAGCAAGCGCGCGCACGUGCACACACAAUUUGACAUCAAUCAUUCUGUCACAUUGGAUGAAGCACACAGACCACAGAACCUCUUUGGUUGGUGGCUUUGCAUGCGCUUAGCUAUGCCAUGACAGAGCAGGUGUUUUUUUUUUUUUUUUUUUCUCUCUCCUCUUCUCCUCCCACCCCGACUGGAGGUCUUCCUGUCCUCAGAGGGGCCUCCAUCCUCAGCACUGAGCGGAGUGUUCAUUCCUUCCAUAACUCAGUCUAACUACCAGUGCAAUUACUGCUGCUUUUCUAGAGCUCUUGGAGCUAGUAGUUUGCUGCUAGAUCUUAAAUGUCCUUGUGUUUCUUGGUGCUGGCUGAAAUGCUAAUCAUCCAAGAAUCAAGUUUUUUUUUUUUUUUUUUAAAUGGACCUAGAAAUAAAGAGAAAUUACUUCUAAGCUUCAUACAUGUACUGUAUGCUGACUCGUCAGAUUUCGAGAUAUGUAGAUGUUACCCAAAACAGGCCUUUUGUGCAAACUUUUUUUCAUGUCCACUUGGUUCUCAGUCUGGUAUCUUAAAUUGCAUUAACCAGCCUAGCAAAAAACCAAAACGCAUAAAAAAAAAAAAAAAGGUGGUUAGCUUUCUUACACUGGUCACGCAAGAGGCUGAACCUGCUAUACAGGGCUUUUUUCUUUUUUUUUUUUUUUUAUUAUUUUUUUAACUUUUUUCUCUACAAUGUGCUUUAAGUAGAAAUGUGUACAGUUUUCUAUCAUAGAGACUUUAAGAGAUUCCUGAUAUUUCAUUAUGUUCACAGAGAGGUGAGUGACACAGCUGUACAAGAUUUUAACUGUAGAUAUCCACUUUUAUAUUUUGUAGUCUGUGUGAUGGUCUGCAGGGUUUCCUGAAGGUUGGAGUUUGGAAGUAAAGUUGUAUCUGAUGCUCUGUAACCCUCCCAACCUUCUCAGUUCUUCUCCCCCCUAUUGGUAUAUAACGAGACAUGUAUUGAUGGAUGUGGUGAAUGUGAAGUGAAUCUUUUUGACACAAUCAAUAGAUAAGUAUAUUGUGCGUUGGUUUCCUCCUUCCCCCCCUUUUUUUAAAGAAUAACCUGACAUCCUUGUGAAUGUUGAAUGAAUUGUCUGGAGUUGGCAGCAUCUUUUUCAGGUUCAGUCACUAGGUGAAUGCCAGCCUCAGUGCCAGUCACCGUUUUUGUCUGGAGGCUUGAACUUCUCUCAUCAGGUUUUGUUUGCCUGUUUUCUUGAGCAGCACAAGAAAUUAUUCUAAAUCAAGAUUGUGUGUGUGUGUGUGUGUGUGUGUUAAAGCUUUUACAUGAGACUUGACUGUGCAGGCGUACUAUUGUGCCAUCACAGUUUCUUUUGUGCACUGUUUGUUUUAUAUACUGAAAACACUCCCUAACUAUCAGGAAGAAGGGAACAGUGAAGAAGGGUCUCAGACAUGUCUGUUUUUAGCUUUUUUUUUUGAUCAAAGGAUGUAAUUUUUUUUUCUUUUUUAAAUUCGACAGCUCCUCUAUCCAUAUUCAAUUGAAUAUGUAAUAAAUUUCUCAAGUCUC